AUGUCCGGGCUAGCGGAGUUGGAGGCGGAGAAGGAGCAGUACCGAGAACAGCUUGACCUCGUUCUUGCGCAGCUGCGUGAUGACCCCGGAAAUGCCGAACUCAAGGCCCUCGAGCAGGAGUUGAAAAAUUUCGUCGAUCUCCUCAACGAAAACAUUGCAGAACUGAAGCCGAAACAGGCCCCCAAGGCGGCUCCAAAGCAGCCCUCGCCUCAGCCCGAACCUGAGAAAUGGUCGCGAGAGAACCAUCCCGCCUUCAAGAAGACUGCGGCUCCGCCGCCAGAGGAAAAGGACGACGCGCCUAUCACCUACCAAGUCAAUGAUACUGUAAUGGCAAAAUGGAUGUCCGGCGACAAGGGCUUUUACCCCGCGAAGAUUACUUCCAUCACUGGAUCAGCUGCCGCACCGGUCUACGUUGUCAAAUUCAAGAGCUACGAUAAUACAGAAACUGUACGAUCACGCGAUAUUCGUCCCGUUUCGAACAAGAGAAAGGCGGAUGCGCCACCUCCGCCGCCGUCCGGCCCGGCGCCGCCUGGUCUCGUGUCCUCGGCGGGCGCGACUACAUAUCCAAACGCCGGCAAGGACGGAGACACAGAAGCCAAACCACCGAAGCCGAAGAAAAUAAAGGCCAAGAAGGAGCUCGAGGCCGGAAAGAGCAAGUGGCAGGAUUUUAACUCCAAGUCCAAGUUUGGAAAGACGCAGAAGAAGGAGAGCAUGUUCCGGACGCCAGAUGGCGUUCACGGUAGAGUUGGCUUUACUGGAUCUGGACAAGCAAUGCGCAAAGAUCCGGGCCGAAGCCGCCAUGUCUACCAGGUGAACGAAGAUUUAGACUAA